CACACCUAAACGUUACCCUCUCCCAUGCUCCGGGAGGCACGCGGCAUCGUCUUAUGCGGGUCCCUCCUGUAAUCUGGGAUAAUCGCGCGGGUACGUCACAGGGUGUCAACGAACAGGUAGGAGAACACAAUGGUUCGUUUCAUAAGUUGCACCGUUUCUUCUCCUCUGUGGAAAUCCCACACGAUUCAAAUUAGAGGCGAGCGAGAGAAGCCGAUCGAUUCCCCUUCCCAUCACGGUCUUGUGCUGCGUUCUCGCGUCGCCGAUCUCGUCGCUACGCCGCCACCGACGAUGUCUAACCUCCCGCAGCCGCACUGCCUCGCCCCUGCCUUCGGCGGAGGCCCCGCCCCUCCGCCCCUGUCGUCCGCCGCCGGGGGCGGGCAGCCCGUGAGGGACCGCAAGAUCGCGUCCGCGGAGCAGCUCGUGCUGGAUCUCUGCGAACCGGAUCUCCGGGAGAACGCGCUGGGGGAGCUUUCCAAGGAAACCCUCUCUGAUGUUGUGGCGAUGGAUAUUCUUGUGCUACGGUAGAAAGAAGAGAGAGAUAUUUCAAGAUUUGGCUCCUUUGUUAUGGAACGCAUAUGGGACAAUUGCAGCACUCCUCCAAGAGAUAGUUUCUAUAUACCCUUUUCUUUCACCUCCAACUUUAUCACCAGGUGCAUCAAAUAGAGUCUGCAAUGCUCUUGCCCUUCUUCAGUGUGUAGCAUCACAUCCUGACACACGAAUUCUUUUCCUAAAUGCACACAUCCCUUUGUAUUUGUAUCCCUUUUUGAAUACCACUAGUAAGACAAAGCCAUUUGAGUAUUUAAGAUUGACCAGCCUGGGGGUUAUUGGCGCCCUUGUAAAGGUUGAUGACACGGAGGUAAUUAGUUUUCUUCUUCAAACAGAAAUAAUUCCUUUGUGCCUGCGCACGAUGGAGAUGGGUAGUGAACUUUCAAAGACGGUUGCGACCUUUAUUGUUCAAAAGAUAUUGUUGGAUGAUGUUGGGCUUCGGUACAUUUGUGCUACCGCAGAACGUUUUUAUGCUGUAGGUCAAGUGCUUGGAUCCAUGGUCACAUCACUUGCUGAACAGCCAUCUGCGAGACUGCUGAAGCAUAUAAUUCGUUGUUACUUAAGGCUUUCGGAGCACCCAAGGGCAUGUGGAAGUUUGAACAACUGUCUUCCCAAUAUGCUAAAAGACGGAUCUUUUAACAAUUAUAUUGAUGAUCCUACAACUCGGCACUGGCUGCAGCAGCUACUACACAAUGUUGGUGGCAUAAAUCGGGUAGCCAAUCUUCAGGGUGGACUCGAUCAUAUUAUCGGAAGUUAGGGAUUCUUGUGCUCAUCAAGUAAUGUAUCAGUCUUUAUCUCAGUUCAUUUUGGUCACUUUAUCACCUGUUGUUUGAGGUGGAAAAAGACCUGUUCUAUUUUGUGAAAAACACCAUGAUUAGAAAUAACAAAGAGGAACUGUCACGUUGUUUUC